AUGCUGCGGCCGCCGCGUGCCACUUAUGAUUACACAUCUGCGUUGAAGCGCCGUGAAAACUAUAUCGCUUCCCGCAUCGUCAUCAAACGGGUUUCCUGUGUGCUGCACGUGCGAUUGCUGGCUCUGCCCCUUUGGCUGUCCGCGCAUCUCCCAGCUGCCUAUGCGCUCUUGCGCAUCCCCUUCGCCUCCAUACUGCACGUCUUGGUCACCAUCCCGCUUCUCUGCGCCACGGCCACCGGCACCAUUUCUAUUUCUGCGAUGUACUCGGUAUCCACCGAACCCACAGAGCGCAAGGACAGCCAGUGCAAUCAGUGCGCCCACGAUCACCGCACCAAUCACGCCCGCCACGGCCGGGUUCAUCCAGCCGGGCUUGCAAAUCUUGCACCAGUCCGUAGCGUCUUUACCAAUGGAACGCAUCUUGUCCAGGAAUGCGAGCACGAUACACAAAGCGCACAUUCAAAUCCUCCGGCUUGGGGAAAGCAGCCGCGUCUUUGGGGUCCUCGCCCACAAGCUCAAAGACGACGGCGGCGCCGGGCGCCGUGA